AUGCCGACGACUGAGCCAUCCGCCGCCGCGCCGUCGUCCCUCUCCAAGAUCCCUCGCCGCCGACCGUCGACCCACGCCAUCUCAGCUCCGGCUCCGCCCCCUCUUCGCCCGGCGUCCCCAACCCGCCGCGAGCGCUGCGCGUCGCUCCCUCCUUCGGCCCCGCCAUCGCCCGUCAAAACCCACGCCCGCCGCUCGAGCAGGUCCGCCAUCCCUGCACCUGCACCUCCCCCCUUCUCCGACCUCGCAGCCGGCGCCGCCGCACCACCACCGCCGUCGACGCCGCUCCAGGACCGGCGUCGCCCUAGCGCCGGUGCACACGGUGCCGACCGCCCGCCCGACAUGCGCCGCACCCCGAGCCUGUCCAUCUACAUCCCUCCCCCAACCUCGACCGCGCACCCGCACGUCCAACUGCCACCCACCGACUCGGGUCAUCCACCCACGACUCGAGGAGACGCUCGUCCGUCCCGAGUCCGCCCCUCGCCCACCUCGGCCGGCCCCGGGUCGGCCUCGUCCUCGCCCGCGCCCUGGACCCCUCGCAUCCGCCACGCGUCGCAGCCCGUCCCCUCGUCGUCCUCGCCCUCGUCGGCGUCGUGGCCCCGUCCGCCGCGCACGCCCUUCCCCAAGCGGCCCGCCAUGGCCGAGCGCACCCCGAGCGCGAGCACGGUCGCGACGUACGUCAGCUUCGACCGCUUCGACCUCGAGGCGCCGCGCACCCCGGCCGAGGAGCGCGAGCGCCAGGUCGCCGAGUUGCGGCGCGAGCGGCGCAACAGGACACGGUGGUGGUGGAGCAGGUGUCGAACGGCGGCCGCGGCGGCCGACGAGGACGGCGAGGACGAGUCGGGCAGGGACGAGGAAGAGGCUCGUGCGGGCGAGACGACGGCGCUCCUGCGGCCGAGCGGGCGCAAGGAGGGCCAGUCUCGCACCGAGUACGUCCUCGGCGAGGUCUGGUGUUACGCACGGCACAUGCUCCCGCCCAUCCUCUUCUUCGUCGUCUUCGUCCUCGUCAUCGCCCUCGCCGCCUACCGCCAGGCCGUUGCCCGCAUCGUUCAUCCGCCGCAGCCGUGACCUCGAGCGCGCGCCGGCUCACGAUCCUUCCUCC